AUUAAAACCUUAAUGAUGAAAUGCGAAAGUUGCAGAAGGGUUUCCCGCCAUUAAUUCCUCCCUCCACUGAAGCAGCAAGAGAUCAGCUAUCGCCACUGAUGAUGUCUCUUCUGGUAACGUGCAUCUUGCUUAUGACUUGAAGCCAUUCGAUUGGAAUCUUGGAGAAAUUGAAAUGUCAAAGCUCUUAAUUCUCUGCGUGGGUGGUAAAUCAGGGUUUGACAGAUCGAGGGUUAUCAGGCGAGUCGGGUCAUCUCCAGCUUAAUUCAGGUAGCCAUGUCUUGGUCCCUGGAUAAUGCCAUGUGCGUUCCUUCUUACUUGUUUACUUAUUCUAGACAUGGGUUUAAUUGGGAAUUCUGUUUGUCUAGUAAUGUGUAACUAAAUGUAAAAGCGAUAUGAAACUUGUUUAUUGGAUCUUCUAUAUUGGAACUGAUGUUUGGUACGAUCUCAAUCUCACCAUGCUUAAAUGUGUUCUGGACUGUUACGUGGUAUGGCUUAUUCAUAUUUGCCCAUAUACAUGUGUAUACAUACACACAUAUCAUAUAAAUAAAACACAUAUAUACGUAUUUAUCAUAUUUUUAAUGCUAAAUGCUUGAAUCAGGUUAGUGUAUUUUGUUAGUUCAUAUUUUAUGUGGGAGGGCAGAAUCACUUUUUGCAACUCCUGUUUGCUGGGUUGAUGUUUCUGUUGGAACCAUUUGCUUGACAAUGAAAAAGAUACUUGAGUUCAGAAGGGACAAAGAGUCUAACGUGUGUUUAGAACAUCAUUCCUCUGCAGACAUGCUGACUGCAUUAGGCAAUACAAAUUAAUCAAAGAGUAUGAAGCUGCCAGUAAUUAUCUAAGAUACUUUUCAUCAUGUGUUAUAUUAUUAAGAAGAUAAAUUAUAUAAAAAUACUUUAUAACUCGCUAAUUGUUGGAUAUAUGCGAAAAUACUUCACUCAAAAGUAAUAUGUAUGUAUUUUUUCCUUUUAAUAUCCUUUACUUUCUACUUUUUUAAAAGGAAAGAAUAUAUGCUUGACUUGACUUUCAGACAACUGUUAGUUGAUUUAUGCCUGAGGAAAAGUCACUGGAAUCUUAGCUAUUCAAUUAUGAAUCUAAUACUGCUCAUAUAUAUACCUUCAGACAUUGAUAAUUCAAAAUUAACCCUCUGUUCUGUUUAUCUAAAGUACUAGUACCUCAAUCAAUUUCACAUAUUGUGCCGGUUUUAUUGCCCUUUCUAUAUACAUAACAUGGUUGGAUAUACUAUGGGAAUUGCUGAUAAAGUUUUAAACAAGUUGGGGUCCCUCUCUUUUAAAGAUAUCAGCUUGGCAUGGGCUUUCAGCAGUGAUCUCCAAAAGCUCAGAAGCACAUUGACAAGCAUCAAAUCCAUGCUCUUGGAUGCUGAUGAGAAGCAAGCAAGAAACAGCGAGCUCAGCACGUGGCUGGGCCAGCUUAAAGUCAUUCUUUAUGAGAUGGAAGAUUUUCUGGAUGAUUUGGAGCUGGAAGUUUUGCAGAAGCAAGUAGCUAAUCGGGAAGGAACUAAAGAAAAGGUAUACCAUCUCAAACUCUUCCCAUCAUCAAACUGGUUAGCAUCUUGUGUCAAAAUGUGGUCUAAGGUCAAGAAGUUAGGAAAAAGACUAGAUGAGAUUGCAGCCCAGAAACCUGCAUUUGAUUUUGUCGAGCAACUCGAUAUGCCUUUUGUGCACAAGGAUAGGGAGAUUCAUCACUCCUAUUUGCAAGUCUCUGACAUUGUUGGAAGAGACAAUGAUAAGGAGAAUAUUAUACAACAGUUGAUGUGCUUAGAUGAUGAAGAAUUUUUGCAUGUUCUUCCAAUAGUUGGAACCAGUGGUCUUGGGAAAACUAUAUUGGCAGAAAUGGUGUUCUUUGAUGAGUGGUUUGCUAUGCAAUUUGAAAUAAAGAUAAUGAUGCCAGUGCCUGAGGAUUUUGAUCUACGUAAAAUGAUCAAAUAUAUGAUUAGAUAUUCAACUGGUGAAAUUUGUGAUGAUUUAGAUAUCGAGCAAUUGCAAACUCAUUUGAAGAUGCUUCUGAGUGCUAGGAGAUUUCUGCUCAUCCUUGAGGAUGUGCAAAAUCACCAUCUUGCAAAGUGGAACAAGUUGAAACAGUUGUUGAUGAAUGGUGGUAGAGGAAGUAAGAUAAUUAUUACUACACGUAGAGAACAAGUUGCCCAAUCUGUGGGCACUGUUUCACCAUACCACUUACAAGGUCUUUCAGAUGAUGAAUGUUUGUCCAUGUUUAAAAAAUGUGCUUUUGAGGAAGGGCAAGAGGAAAAAUAUCCAAACCUUGUAAAAAUUGGUGAACAGAUUGUUAAGAAGUGUAGAGGGAUCCCAUUCUCUGUUAGAUGCUUAGGAUGCUCACUUUAUAAAUGUACUAAUGAGCGUGACUGGUUGUUUGUGAGGGAUAGUGAGAUAUGGAAUCAACAAAGUAAGGAAGAUGGGAUUGAACCAGCAUUGAAUUUAAGUUUUUCUCUCUUGCCUUCUUGCUUAAAGCCUUGUUUGGCAUUUUGUUCAGUGUUUGAAAAGGGACAUUUAAUCUCUAGUGCUUCUUUGAUCAACUUUUGGAUGGCUAAUAAUCUUAUACUUAUAUCAUCGGAUGGUAGUAAGGGAUUGGGAGAGACAGGCAUGCAAUAUUUGAAGGAGCUGAUAUUUAGAUCAUUCAUUUGUUUCCAUGACAAUAUGCCCUUUCCUUUUUUAUUUUCUGUAAGGAUGCCAAAUGGCAUUCACGAUCUUGUGAGACAAGUAGCAGCCACUGAGCAUUCAAGAAUAAGCUCCACUAUGCAAAAUGUUUCUGAAAAUGUUAGGCAUUUGUCACUUUCUUCCAGCAUUGACAUGUCUAGCGAACAACUUUCCGAAUUCUUAAAGAAAUCGAAAAGUGUGAGUUCCAUUUUUCUGUUCCCAGAUGAAAAGUCACGGGAGCAGCAUUCACCGCUUGUCGGCAAAUCCAUUCUAGAUAUUUGCGUAUCCAGGUUUUUGUAUCUUCGGGUGUUUUCUUUAGUGGACUCAAAUUUUGAAGAGAUACCAAACUCAAUUAGUAUGCUUAAGCAUUUAAGGUAUGUAAAUCUGACGUUUAAUCGGAAACUCAGGGAAAUCCCAGCAUCAAUGUGCAGGCUCAAAAGUUUGCAAACUCUUAACCUGAAUCACUGUUUGGGACUUAAAAGGUUGCCUGCUAACAUGGGAAGCCUGUUUAAUCUCCAAACCUUGGUAAUAACAACGCAAGAGAGGUGUUUACCCACAGAGAAUGGGAUAGCAUGCUUGAGUUCACUUAGGCAUUUGAAAAUUGUUGCUUGUUGCAAUCUUGAAAGCUUAUUCAAAGGAAUGCAAUGCCUCAAAGCCCUUCAGAUAUUGGUUAUUGAUGGAUGUCCUCUAUUGAGGUCAUUGCCUUGCAGCAUCAAAUAUUUGAAGGCAUUAGACACAUUGAUAAUCUCCAAUUGCUCUAUCCUUAAUCUUGAUUUUUUGACAGCGGAAGAAGAGACUGAAGAUGGCAGCUGUGAUCUCUCCAGCUUAAGGACUUUGGUGAUUAAAGCAUUGCCAAAGUUGGAAGCAUUGCCUCUAUGGCUUCUCCAAGCUUCUGCUAAUAUCUUAUGCAACAUUAGCAUUGACUUUCUUCCAGAACUAAAGGCUUUGCCCGAUGAGCUUGAAACUCUCUUGUCACUUCAAAAGCUUCGCAUUUUGAAUUGCCUGAAACUGACAGCUUUGCCACAAGGGAUGCAAAACCUGUCCUCCCUUAAGGAAUUGAUCAUUUUUCGAUGCAGCCCAGAAUUAAGCCGCAGAUGCCAACCUCCCAUGGGAGGCCAGGACUGGCCCAAGAUUGCCCAUGUCCCUGAAUUUUAUAUUGAUGGGUUGAAGAUCGCACCUGAGCCUACUCAAUAAUUAGCCAAGGGUGCACCGGGAGUGAAUCUGCCUGAUGUCCUGACCCCAUCUAGUAAUUGGAAAAGAAAGACAAGCUGGUUCACAUCUCUGUCAUCCAUCAUAAAUAUAUAUGUGUGUGUGUCUGUUCUGAUCGUAUGUCUGUAUUACAUACAAGUGAUUGUAUAUUGUUAAAUUUAACGGUGAAAGGUACAAGUUUCCGUGAUUUAAUUUGUUGUUAUUCAAAUCAUAGCAUCCCUCUGUUGCAUUUGUUCUUUUCUGAUAGUAGUAGUUAUGGAGGUACUUAAGCUAGCAAAGAAGAAAGAAUAUAUACUUCGGUUGUGAAUGUUGCCUGCUUGGUACAAACGAAAAA